ACCAUGUUUCCCGUCUGAGGAAAAUAGUGUUCCAAUACCUUGUACAGAAGAUAUUUGUAAAUCAAUCCUUUAAAAAAUCCAGUCUUAUAAUUUUUUUUGAAACUCACUUUCAUUCUCUACAAUGGAAGGUUUUCUGACAGACGAUGAUGGUGACAGUCAAUUUUCAUGUGAGUGUUGCGGAGUAGCAUUUACUGAAGCUGCAGAUUUACUAGCUCAUUUGAGCGUUCAUACUGGCGACGGCCCGUAUUUGUGUCCAUAUUGCGCAAAGUCACUUUCUUCGGCUACUAAUUUACAGAGACAUAUUAAUAAUCAUACUGGCCUCAAGCCAUUUGCAUGCGAAUAUUGUGCAAAGGCAUUUUCCCAAUCUUCUUGUUUGACGUCGCACAUGCGAGUCCAUACCGGCGAAAAACCUUAUGCGUGUAACUAUUGUCCGAAGACAUUUUCGCUUUCUGGAAAUUUAAGGACGCAUUUGAGGACCCAUACGGGGGAAAAACCGUUACUGUGCAAGUUCUGUUCGAUAGGAUUUUCCGACCCCUCGGCUCUAAAGCGUCAUGAGCGAGUCCACACGGGCGAUGAACCGUAUUUGUGUAAAUAUUGUUCCAAGAGAUUUUCCGAGGUCACAAAUUUAAAAACGCAUAUGAGAUACCAUACUGGGGAAAAACCAUUUACUUGUCAAUAUUGUUCAAAGUCCUUUUUUGCCUCUUCAGAAUUAACAAGACAUUUGAGGCGACAUACUGGCCAAAAGCCUUUUCCAUGCACUCAUUGCUCCAAGGCCUUUUCCGUUAGUAGCGAUUUGACGAAGCAUUUGAGAACCCACACCGGUGUAAGACUGCAUUUCUGUGAAUAUUGUCAAAAGACAUUUAGUAGAGCUGAUCACCUGAAACAUCAUAUAAAAACUCAUACGGGUGAAAAGUCAUAUUCUUGUGAGCAUUGUGCAAAAGCUUUUUCUAGUGCUUCUAAUUUAAAGAAACAUUUGAGAGUGCAUACUGGUGAAAAACCAUUUUUAUGUAAGAAAUGUAUGAAGGUAUUUUCUCGAAGUGAUCAUUUAAAGGCACAUAUGAAAGUCCAUGAUGGCUAAAAGUUACAAGUAUGCCAUGUUUGUUUAAAACUUUACUGUUGGAAGGUACGUUACAAUAAGCUUAUUCAUAUCAAGCGACAUGACUUCUUCCAUCUUCCCAAAAACAAAACCUCACCUACCGUUGCGGAAGAUUUGCUAUUGCAACAGUCCCUCAUAAUAUGCUUAUCCUAAAACAGCUUGGCAAUGUAUCCAAUAGAAAGAGAUGAACAGAUUAUUUCUGGCUGCAUUAAAUUUACCGUCAGAUAGCCCGACCCCCGAGAACUCUGCUUCAAAAUAAAUCGAAGAUGUUUUUGUUUCGCAACAGUUGAAUGGUGGAUGCCAAAAUUCCCUGCAAAGACUGGUUAGUCUGAACUGUAAAAACAUUUCUCAUGCAUGAAAAGUGCAAGCAUUCAUGUUGCUUUAAAGUCUUAUUCUACUGUAAAACUUUUUUAGUAAAAAGGCAAGAACACUCGCAUGUUCACAGAAUGAAGAGAACAAGAUGCAAGCAGUAGAGUUUAAAUCUUUAUUCUUUUCGUUCAGAGAAUGGUGCUCCUCUGUGUACUGAAUAGGACUCAAGGGGGAGAAAGGGAAGAUGAAAUAUAUGCAUUUUACACUGUCAAAUCAACGUUGGAAAAAAAUGAUUUUUUUAUAUUUAAAUUGAAUUUAUUUGAUUUUUAAUUUUUUCUUAUGUAAGUUUCUUUAUCAAAAUUUUGGA